GUCAGUGUACAUGUGUUUUAAAAAUGUCAUUUCUGAAGGAAAAGAUAUGGACGUAAAAGAAUUUUUAGAUACAUGUAAGGAAGGGAUAGAGGGAAAGAUAUCCGAGGAAAAACUGAAACAAAUACAAGAACUCCUCCAAGAGGAUACCAUGGAGAUUUCUCUAGAGCAUCCUCCGCCAGAGCAGAAUCAGGAAUCUGCAGUAACAAAAGAAAAAGAAGCAAGUAAUGAAAAGUCGGAGGAAAAGAAAAAAGAAAAGAAAAGAGGGAAAGCUGGUGGUACACACCACGGCCACCAUUACCCUAAAGUACGUGGUGAUUACAGAGGUCGAAGAGGCUACCGGGGUCGAGGAGGCUACCGGGGUCGAGGAGGCUACCGAGGUCGAGGCGGAAAAACCAUCAUCAAUAUCCGUCAUUGUAAAUCGAUUUUUUAA